AUGAUUACUGCAUAUCCUCGAACUAGUAAUAUUUUUGACUCACAAAACCUGCAUGUGCAGAAUGAUCUUGAAAUAAAACAUAAAAUCAAGGCACAAGCUUUACUUUACCCUCAUUUACAGAUAAUUGAUUCGUAUUUGCCAUCUCACAGAGAAAAUGAGAAUGGUGUGGUUCUGACAAGGGACAUAGCCAUAAAACUCGUGAGCUUAUAUAUCACCGAGGAUAAAACAUUUCCCCAGGCACUGAAAAGAAACCAACAUAUGCCGCUGGAAUCAAGACCUUUGUUCAAGUUUGUUAACUGGAGUACUCUCUUACCCAAGAAGUAUAGAAAGGACUAUGUUUAUACUGAACCAAUUCUUGGAAGAACUAGUUAUUCAUUGCCAGCUCUUAUGGACAUCAGAAUGUCACCCUUGUUGGCCAAUGAUUCCCAGUUACAGAAUUUGCCAUCAACCUUUAUUCUUACCUGUGAACAUGAUAUCCUGAGAGAUGAUGGACUUUUGUAUGUUUCAAGACUUCAAAAUGCUGGAGUUCAAGUUACUCAUGAACAUAUUGAGGGUGGAUUCCAUGGAGCUUUAUCAUAUAUGACAUCACCCCUGAAUUUACACCUAGGUCUCAGAAUAAGAGACAUGUAUAUUAGUUGGCUGGAUAAGAAUUUAUAAAUCCAUCACUUACUUGAUUGUAUUUUGUGAUAUUUUGUAGUUGUAGUACAAAGAACAAUGCCAUUUGUAUUGUCUAAAUCUAGGCUUGAAUCAGUUAUAAUGAUUACUGCAUAUCCUCGAACUAGUAAUAUUUUUGACUCACAAAACCUGCAUGUGAUCCUUUUUUCUCAUUACUUACGGUUAUUAGAAUUAUGUUGGUCCUGAUAGAGACCAGUGCUUAUUAAAGUUUAGAAAUAAUAAUAAUACUGUCAAGUAAGAGAAGACAAUAUCCAGACAGGUACAGAAACUGUAUAAUAAGUGGGAAUAGAAAAAAACAUUAGGAAAACAUCGUAAGGAAAUUGUAUUAGUUUCAUGUGGCUGUUAUAACAAAUUACUACAAAUUGUGUGGUUUAAAACAACAGAAAUUUAUUCUCUAGAGUUCCUGAAGUCCAAUACUAGUAUCAUUGGGCCAAAAUUAAGGUACUGGUGAGAGACAUGCUCACUCUGGA